AUGCGGGAGAUUGCGGAGGACUUCUUUCUCUCAAAGAUUAGUGAGAAAAAGGCAGUUAUCACUGUCCCCGCUUACUUCAACGACUCUCAGCGCCAGGCUACACUAAAAGCUGGUAAAUUAGCCGGCUUAAAUGUGCUGCGUAUUAUCAACGAACCAACUGCUGCAGCCAUAGCUUAUGGCAUCGACAAGAAAGCCGGUUGGUUUAAUAAGAGAAACGUGAUGAUAUUUGAUUGGGGUGGUCGUACAUUGGAUGUGUCGCUACUAACCAUAGGCCGUGGUGUCUUUGACGUGAAGGCGACUGCCGGAGACACUCACCUCGGAGGUGAAGACUUGGAUAACAGAAUGGUGGAUUACUGCGUCAACGAAUUCAAGACAAAAAAUAAGGUAGACAUUUGUGGACACCCCAGAGCUCUUCGGAAGGCCAAAACCGAGUGUAAGAGAGCAAAGGAGGCACUUUUAUUUUGCUUUGACAUUGAUAUUGAAAUCGACUCUUGGCAUAACGGUGAAGAUUUUCGUACAACUUUCACCCGGGACAAAUUCGAAGAAAUGAACAUGGAUAUCUUCAACAAGUGCAUGGAGAUUGUGAAAAGGUGUUUGAAGGAUGCCAAACUGGACAGAAGCAACGUCGAUGACGUUGUUCUUGUUGGUGGUUCUUCUAGAAUCCCCAAGGUGCAAGAGCUAUUGCAGAAGUUUUUCAUGGGCAAGGAGUUGUGCAAGAGCAUUAAUCCCGAUGAGGCCGUGGCUUAUGGAGCCGCUGUUCAAGCUGCAGUCUUGAGUGGGAACGUGACGGGGAAGCUUCAAGACUUCACACUCUCGGAUGUCAUCCCAAUGUCACUCGGGACGGAAUGUGGUCGUGAAAACCGUAUGGCCCUCAUGAUCCCAAGAAACACCAAAAUUCCCACAAAGAAGCACCAAAUUUUCUCUACCCUCCAUGACAACCAAACGAACGUCCUCUGUGGAGUUUUCGAGGGAGAGAAUGAGUUCACUAGAGAUAAUAAUUACUUGGGUGGAUUUACCAUGUAUGGCAUUCCUCCAGCCCCUAAGGGAGUUGGUAAAGUAGAUGUUUGCUUUUCUAUCGAUGCAAAUGGAAUUCUUAGUGUUUCGCUGAGGUCAUGUCCACCGGCCAAAAGAAAGCCAUUACAAUCAACAGUGACAGAUGAACUUUCGGAAUUAACAGAUAAAUUUUUAACUAAUGCGCAGGUUGUGCUAUUUUGGAUGAGUGAUGCUGUAGGCUGGUCCGUCUACCGCUGCGUGGAUUUUAUUCUUGUUUUCAACAAGAGAAGAGAAGUGCUUGCUUAA